GGUGGACCGUCAUAGUGUUGCGUUUACGGUGAGCUUCGCCCUCUGCUAAAUUAAAACAAAGUGUGGUGCAUAUUUGUUGAUGUUAACCUUAAACGUGGAUUAAACUGUCAAAAUGGAGUUGAUUUGUCCAUCAUUAGUGCAUCAACGUCCAGCUAAAAGUAGACACAGAACUUGAAACUGGGACUAACCUAAUUCAAAUUUAAGAUACCAUCGCCAUGGUGAACGGUAAUGUCGAUAAAAACAAUACCAGCACCAAUACGAAACCGGACGAAGAGAGUACUGAGCAGGAAGGAGUUGCUUCAUCAUUAGACACAACAGCUUCCUCUUCACGAAAAUCUUCCGACGCGGAACCUCCAUCUGACAACCACAAGAAAGUCGAUGUAGGGGAUGGAGAAGCCGGUACUCGAGCCAUGGCCGAGGUUUCCACGAAAAUUGGCCUGUUUUGCAACGUCCCCUUGAACAAAAUACGUUUGAGCAGCGAGGAAGAAAGUUCGUCGAAAAUCAAGCAAGUCUCUCGUAAACUGCUCUGCCUGUAUUGCGACAGAAGUUUCGUCAGUUCAAAUCUUCGGCAGAAACACGUAGAGCGUUGUCAUUCGGAAAAGCAAAACCGUCGGUUAAGUUCGCGUAAGCUUCAAAGUCAGUUCACGACGACAGCAUGUUUUCAUUGUGAUAAGUUGCCAGUAGAACAUUCACUAAGGCAGCUAUUCGAACAUCUUGUCUCGGCACAUUCGCAGAAAUAUUUCGGAUGUUUACUCUGUGAGGAGAGGUUUUUGAAUCAGAUACAUUUAAACGAUCAUAAUACCAAGCUUCACAAUUUAUCACAGAAAGAACACCAAAAAGUGCACCUAGUUAACAUCGAUGACGAAUCGAAAAACGAUGAAGCAAAUAGAACAUCUAGCACCACUGAAGACAGCAAGGGCAAGGAACAAAAAUCCACGAAAAACAACGCCAAAAAGAAAAAAUCAACAACUAACGCAAAACCACCACCCAGACAGUUGAGAAACAGGAAGAAAGUAACCGUAAAAGCUUCCAAAGUCGGUUUGAAAAGAAGCAAAAGGUUACAAUCAGCUCAAAACAAAGUUCCUGUCCGAAAAAAGAAAACUAAAGCAGUGGAAUCGGCGAAAUCAGAUGAAAUAACUUCGAAAACAACAGAUAAAGCAAAGACCAGCGCAGUAAAUCCAUAUCCAGAAUUCGAUAAUUAUUACCGGGUGAAAAAAAUUACCGAUCAUUCGAUAGAUAACUUGAAGAUAAGUUCUCUAACUUUCGAUGAUGUUUUCGACAAAGCCUUUUUUAAUCGGAUCAAGUGCAAUAUCCAGGAGAAUCUGUUGUACCAUCUCGAUGGUAAACUAUUCAAAAACGAAGAAUCUGAAAGUAGGAUUUCAAAUUUUGAAAAAAAUCCACCAACUCAGGAAAUUUCCAGUAAUAGUUCAGAAAAUUUCGGUUGUGAUUUAUCUUUGAAUGCGGUCACCCCAGUCACUUCAAUUUUAACUUCAAAUUUUGGGGAAGAUUUGGAGUCACAAAUUGAGUAUGGAUCGAAACCUUCAAAGAAGAAAUUACAGAUUAGGCAAGACCCAGUUAGGCAUAAAUAUGUCACGAGGAGAAAAUACCAAGCAAGUAUUCUUGAACACAAAGAGAACAGAGAUCUCAGUAAAUUAGACAUGUGGACACAGUUGAUCAUCAAAGAUCGUCAGCAGAAGGUGUUGAAUGGUCAGAAAAGUGCCAAGGAGAUAUUAGAAUAUACAACCUGUGCUGAGUACAAAUUGAAAAUUCAAAGAAAUGAAUUGAAUAGAAUAUUAGAUCGUAGGGGACCUUUCGAAGAUCUUAAAGAAGAAGCAAGUAAGAAAGCAGCUUUAGAACAACUAAACUCUGACUCUAACAACGAAAUCAGUGAGGAAUGUUUCAAAGAAGUCCGAAUCCUUAUGGAAGACCUCUUAUCUAAAGUGUCUAAAAAUUGUUUUGGCGAUCAAGAUGAUACUUUAACGAAUAUUAUCAAGUUGGACGAAAAAGCCGAUUUUCUAGACAAAGAAGAUAUUCCGGAGCUGCCUGACUACUUGAAACUUCGAAGAAAAUCCUCGGCACCCAGUGAAGAUGAAAUAGAUAAGUCUGAUAGAAUUGCAUUGAUAUGUUCAUCACAAGAAACUGAAAACUAUGAGUUACCAACAAAUACGGUUAGAAGUAAGGAUGAAAUGGUUGAAUUAUCAGGGGAAUGGGCCAGAUCCCGCAUUUAUGUUUGUGCAGCGUGUGGUUUGAAAGUUCCAAAUAUGAAACUGUUAAUUGAUCACAAAAGCAUUUAUCAUCAGAACUCUUGGGUGCAACAUUACGAACUGGUGGGUAACCAAAGUGAACUUUAUAGACAUUUGUGUAUACCUGGACUAGGAAAAGUCGGUCAUGUUGAAGAAACAAUACCCUGCAAAGCGUGGUUGAAAAGUGAAUCUCGCGUGUGUACAAAGUGUGGUAAAGUGUGCAAUUCGCUUUCGGAGUUACAUAGACAUAUUUUAGAAUGUGGAGGAGAUUGGACUUGGAUGUUGGCGAGGAAGAAGUGUAAAUAUAGGCCGUUUGGAGCAAGGAAAAAGAGGAGAGGUUUGGUUAAGAGAAUUCGAGUAAGUAAUCAAAAGACUGAUCAAACAGAGAAGAAGAAGUACAAGAAAACAUUUGAAGGUCCAAGACAGCGGCCCAGUGAUGCGGAUACUAUUCAAAGGAUGUUGGCUAACCUUCCUCCUAAGAGAUCAUCUCGUAAAAGCAUUUGUAUGAAGGAUGGCUUCCCAAGGAACAGGCAAAAAUCUCCGAAAAAUAAGAAACAAGUUAUGAAAUGUGGGAAAAUUGUGAGGCACAAAUCAACUUAUGAUACCAAUGAGGAAACUGCUAAAAAACCCAGUAAUCAUAAGAAUGCCUCCAUAAGGCAUACUGUCAGAAGCAUAAGUAGGACAUUAUCUAGUAAAAUUUUAGACACAAAUAGUAAAUUGAAAGUUAAGAGACAAUUGAUUCAGAAGAUCAGUAGACGAUCACCUAGAAAGAGUUCACAAAAUGAGUUGGAAACAACCGACGAAGCUAACAAAAAUGAAGAAACUGCGGAAAAACGUACAAAUAUCAAGAAAAAUAUCAACAAUGCUAAAACAAAAAAGGAAGGGGAUCUAGACAGAAUGAAAUGUAUUCUCAAAGAAAAAGUGAAUAUGAAGACUUUCUUCCCAGUAUCUAAACGUAAGGCGUCGAAAAAUCCAACAAAACUAACAGAAAAUCUUAAUUCUGAUACAUCUCAGCUAUCUCUAAAUAUUGAGGUUAAAAAUGAUGCUGAUAGUUCAAAAAAUAAAGCUACAAAAAAUGUGAUCAACUUAAUUAAGAAAUCUUUAAACAUUACUAAGAAGGUGAAAGUGAAUUCGAAAAAUGACGCAAAUAUGAGUGGAAAUUCUGAACCUAUAGUUGUGAUAGAAAAAUUACCCCAGGAACAAACUGAGAUGAAACCAAUACCAGCAACGAAGAAAGUACCUACUAAGAGGAAGUUGAGAAGUAGCUUUCGUAAAGUGAUUGAUAAAGUCAAGAAAUUAAAAUUGGAUAAUACUACUUCAUCCAUUCCCAAUGAAAAGAAUCAGGAAACAACCAGAAAACCUGUGAAUUCUUUUUUAGGCCACGGAGCAAGAGAAAAAGAGAAACUGGCGACAGUUUUGGUUCCCUUAGUAGAAGAGUUAAAAGAAAAUCCACCAUCAAACCUUGCAUUUGUGCAGAAUGCAAUGGAUAAUAAUUCACCUACAGAAGAAUCCCUAAUACCCGAAAACAUCUUCAAUUUGCAACACAACACCGAAGAUCUGCUUCAAGCAAAAAGUCCAUUGGAUACUAUAACCAAUGAACUGAAAAAGAAUGAAACAAUGAACUAUUUUAGUACAAUGAGUGCUAAAGUGAGUAAUCUACCCGAAUCUAAAACCGAAACCAGCAAAAAAUCUACUGUUAUCGAAUCAGGAAGCAAUGCUACUACACCCAAUCAGAAUUCUGCAAUUUCACCGAACGAAGAAGCAUCACAAGUGAAAGGAAUGUCUCAGUUGAGCAUAGAGACUGCCGCUAAAUCUGACAAAAGCCCUUUAGUAAGUCCAAUGCUGAGUCCAUCAAUGUUAUCUCCCAAAUUGAAGGGAAAAAUACGGAAACCCAAUAGAGGGUUGAAUGAUUGCAUUGCUAUGCUGACUAAAAAAGCUUUCGAAGAGACCCAUAAAUCUGAGGUUGUUUCUGAUCUUGAACAAACAACAGAAAACACAAAGUUGGACAACACAAAUGAAGCUCACAAAAUAAUUCGAGCAAACGAAUGUAUUUUGAAAAUUCCGGUCAUUGAAACUAAUUCUUUGAUUCUGUCAGAGGUAUUAGAUCUUUCAAAACCAAAAAAGUCCGAGGACGCCAACACUCGCGAAAAUACUAAGGAUUCAUUAAGUUUGAAACCAACUCCGUUUUGGAACCCUUUGAAUGAAAUGUGCAAUAGCCAGAAUUCUGUGAAAGAUUCAAAGUUAAUAUGGCAGAAAAGUAGUCCUAAUACAGUCGUCAAUUCAUCUUUUGAAAAAGCUAUUCUGAAAAUACCAAAAUUUAUUGAAGUUUCCAGAAGUAAUAACGUUGAUAACAUUAUUCAGGGUGUCAUAGAAAAUUAUGACGAGCCUAAUACAAAAGCAGACAUGACGAAGUCUUAUUUAAAGGUGCCAUCUGUUGGACUAUUGACUUCAGUUGAUAGGGUUAUUGAAGAAGUUGUGAGAGGGAAUUUCACAAGUUCAUCAAAUGAAGCAAUUUCUAAGACAAAAUCAGCAGCAGAUAGGAAAAGUCUACCGAAAGAGAACAAUAUUGUACCUCAACAUACAUCAUCGAAAUCCAAGAAAGUUACAAAAAAGAACAAACAGGAUAAUAAUUCAUCGAACAAUGAAAAGAUUAUUUCUGCAAAUGUUUCUUGUUUGGGAGAGGGAGCUGAUGAGGGGAAAAACCAACAAAAUGGGACAUGUGGGAAAUUGGAUAUUCCUCAAAUAGUUGUAACUCCCUCUAUAGAUUUGGUUGUGAGUGGAUCACCUGUCAAAAGUAUAGAUAUGAGUUAUCCUGGGUCAUCUUUGGAGGCUCCUUCAGUAAAAGAAUCAACAUUUAAAGAAGAAUCAAAAGCAAAUGAUACACUUGAUGGAAAGAUAGUUCACACCAAUUCAGAUAUUGUAGAUAUGAAAAAUGUCAGCGUUUCACCUGUUUGUACAACAGUUAAGAGAAAGACUGGCAAAAAAAUUGGGGAGGUCAGAAGAAGAACUAGCAAAAAACCGUUGGAUAAUUCCAAGGAUAAGGUAGCGCAAUCGAAAUCAGACGAGUAUGAUAUAGAAAAAAUCGAAUUAAAUUUGAAAACACAAGAUAUUCUUCCCAUUUUCCCUCAAACUAAUGAACCUGAAAUACUGGAAGAAAAACAACUACCUGUGAACGAUAACAAAAUAAUUACUGCUUGCACGAAUAUUUCCCCAAUACAACCGUGUAAUGGCGGCAACCAAUCGUCUUCCGAGGGUGUUGCAGAUACAGAAUCUCACGAACUACACGGAGAACAAAAUGAAGUUGUGAAUAAUCUAGAAGAAAAUUCCAAGAAUAAGAUUUCCAUCUUAGAACAGAUUGAAAUUACGGAAGAGAAUAAUGAAACUAUAACAGUGGAUACUUCUGCUGCUGCUGUACUUAAUGCAGAAGUGGUGGUUUCUGAAAAUAAUGAAGAUAAUGACUUAAAAGCCAAUUCAACUGACUCUGAAGAUGACCUGCCUUUGUUAGUAUUAAAAAGCAGAAGUAAAAAGAGUGAAAUGAGUGAAGCAUCUCCUGAAAACACAAAAGAAAUAUCCACAUCCUCAAAAUACCAAUCAAAAAAUAUUGAAAAAAACGAAGAGGGAAAAGCAGAGGCAUGUAGAGACGAAAAUAUUGAAAAAAUUAGUGAUGAAAAUGUUGAACAACGUGAAGAAUGCAUCACUGAAAUUUUCGAAAGUAGCUUAGCUGGAAAAAAUGUAGAAGAAAAUACUGAACAAUCCAAAGAAGAAAAUUCUGAAAAAUUGGAUGAUGAAAGUUUGAAAAUAACGGAAAGCACUGCCAUUGAGACUCCACCAAACAAUUUGUUAACUGAAAAUGAAAAACAUCUUGAUGCCGAUCAAUGUUCAAGUAUUGCAGAAAGUGAGAGCAACUUCAAACAAGGCGAGGAUAGAAGGAAGUCACCAAGAAAAAUAUCCAACUCAGUUGAUACGAAACCUCGGAAAAAUGGUAAAAAGUCGAAUAAACAAAAACAAUCAUCCAAACAUAAAGUUGACAGAGGGUUAGAAGCAACAAUUGAUGAAGUAAAUGUAACAGAAAAAAUGGUUGAGCAGAAAGAGCAACCUGAAAAAUGUUGUGCUAAUACAUCUGAUGAAGUGUUACACAAAGAUGUAGAUGUAGAUGCAGAAAUAAGUUCCGUUUUAAAACCAUUGGAUACAGUGGUGAUAGAUACACAAAAGAAAUCAAAAAAUUUUCUUGUUGAUGCAAGUGCUCCUAACUUCACGAACAGCGUGAUAAAUUCGCCGUUAUUCUCGAUGAAAUCGAGUAAAAAUAAAAAGAAGGAUAAAAAUAAGCAUGAUUCAGUUAAGACGAAGUUAAUUUUCAAAUUUCCGAAAAUUAUUCUUAAAGAACCCGUUCUGCGCAUUCCUCCUAGAGAUAUUUCCGAUUGUACGAGUUUCGUAAAUAAAACUGAAAGUUCCCAAGACAAGGGCAUCAAAUUGAUUCUUGACAAUCCAUUUUCCAGUAUUAAAGAUCGAGAGGCAACAAAAAUUUUGUCAAUAACUAACAAGCCUGAUGUUCCAGGGAAAUCAACAGAACAUUUGGUGGCACCAAAAUUGAAAACACCAAAUAAGAAAAAGAGUAGCAAACACAAAAAGAAGUCUUCGAAAUCUUCAGUCAAGGGAGAUGAGAAAGAAAUCGUGGAUGAAAUUCAUCAAAAUACUUUAGAAGAUACCAACACGUCUUCACAUUCAAAUUUAGCAAUUAAUAAGGACCUUUUCACUGCACAGGACAAUAAAACGAUGCUUGAUGAUUUCGACCUCCCAUUAAUUUCACCCGACUCCAGAAGUAUUCAAGAUAUUCCUAGACCUGCAGAGCAAAAAGAUAAAAUUCAUGAUUCAUCCAAAGUAAUUCAACCAAUAACAUUAAAAUUGCAAGCUAGUUCCCUGAAAAAGUGUGCUUCAAAAAAUUCGAGAAAGAAAAAGAAUAAGUUGACAAAACCUAACCUUUCCUCAAUUGCAAGUGAGCUGGAUGACAAAACUGAGGAAAAUUAUUUUCCUAGUUCAGAGGAAUCGGAGAUGGCCAGUAUUGAAAAAAUUCUCCCUGAAAUUAGAGAAACCAAAGAAUUGUCAACUCACGAGGUCAAAGAAAUCGAGGAAGCCGUAGAAAAAUCAUCUCAUACAAAAAUUGAUGCAAUUGACCCACUAGGGUCAGAAACUGCAAAUAUAAUGAUCCCGUCAAAAAUUCAAGAAGAGAAUAUACCUGAACAACCAACCAGAUCUGACAACACAGAUAAAAGUAACUUAGGGAUAGAAAAUAAAGAAAGCAUACCUGUUAAAUCUGGAAGAAGUUUACGAUCCACUGUGAAAAUUACAUACAAACAGUCUAAUAUUUUCGCACUUCAAAUAGAAGAUAAAGAAAUCUCAGAUCUGAAAAUAAUGGAAAAACCUAAAAACUUUCAAAUCAAGAAUGGUUCAUGUAGCGAGAUGCUGUUAUCAGAUGAGAAAAAACUGGAGGCAGUUGUAGAAUCAAAUGACUCGCAACCUAAAGACUUUAUAAGUAAGGAAGUGCCAGAUUAUGAUUCAUUCCAAAGUGACAUAAAAACGUCCUCAGAUAAGAAAUUUAUUACAGAUUUAGAUCCUCAACUAAAAAAAUUGCAGAAUAAAGAUACUGUAGAAACUGCCAUUGAGUCCUUAUCCAUCAGUUCCCAAAAAACGACAGAGGGUGAACAAGAUUUAACUGGAGACUACUCGAAAUUAAAUUCAUUGAAUACUGUUAAGCCAGAUGCAGAGAUCGAAAUGCCAGUUACAAAAUCGAAAAAAAAUAAGAGGUCAUCUAAAACUAAGAAAGUAUCAAGUAAGAUCAGUGACUGCAAAAUGGAUACUUCAAUGAAGUAUUGUGAAAUUUCUGAAGAAAAAGUAACAAGACCAUUUAUCACCGCUAGCAUUAUCGAAACUAACAUUUCCAAUGAAGUUCUGGAUAUCCAAACCAAGACUCAGUCGUCCAAUGGGAAUAUUUCGCAAACUGAAAGUGUUGUACAAGAAGAAUCUCCACAAACACAUGAAGAAGAACCAAUUGAAGAUCUACUGGCUUCAGGUAAAUAUGAAGACUCAAGUUUCUCAGAAGGAGAACUGGUGAUAAAUGAGAGUUUUGAAAAUCAGGAAAGUAAUAUUCUAGAAGAACCCAAUUUGACUGAGGAUACAUUUGAAACUUCCACUACAGAAAUUAAUAAUUUGCCCGAAGAAAAAGAGGAAGCGAUUCUUGAUACCGAAUGCAGUGUUAUGGAACAGAAAAAACAAAAGAACAAAAAAAAUAAAAAAGCUAAACGUUCCAAAUCCAAAGAAAUACCUCAUACCGAAAACCAUAGCCUGAAAGCAGUCGAAGCUUUCAAUUCAAACGAAAAUUCAUCAACUAAGACUAACGAUUAUCUUGUGAAUAAAGAACUGUGCGAAAAAGUGGAAUCCAUAGGUGUGAACAAACUGGAAGACAUUGAUUCUGAACUCAAUGAUGCUAUCAAGAAUCUUUAUCAAGAUUCACUAAGUGUAAAUCUCGCACAUAAGAAAAAAGACGAAUUCGAAUUUGAAGAAGAUGCGCUACCUAUAUGCGUCUUAGCUCCAAAAUUGAAAAAGAAAAAACCUGACGUAGUUAAAUACCAAGAUGACUUUAUGGAUUCUAUUCCACUCUGCAAGGAAAAGCAAGAAUCGGCAUCAAGUUCAUCUCCUCAUUUUGAUAUCGAUUUGCAAGUUCCUUCUUUGGAUUCAGGUACAGUGAGGAGACAGCGAUCAGCAAAAUCUAAAGCUUUGGAAAAUAUAAACGUCAUCGAAAAGAAGCUUGAUCAGAUACUAGAUAUGGAUGUUUCACCGAAGCUUAACAGUCAUAAGGAAAAAUCAAGCGUCCACCCCUCUAAUAAAAAGAAGGUUUUAAAAAAUAAAGAAGCAAUUACAGAAAAUACUCUUUUGAAGGAUACCAUUAAAUGGACUCCAAAGGACAUACCAACUGAAGAGAACAAGAUUGAGGAUACUCCUUGUCAUAGGAAGGGUAGAGCUGCUAAGUCAAAAGCAAUUCAAAACAUAAAAGUUUUAGAAACCAAGACAAUUGAUUUUGAAGACAUUGAUGAAAACGUGAAAAAAUCACAGAAUACUGACGAAAAUGAAAAGUUUAAGAAAAUUGCUAAAUCUAAAGAUAAACACGUUCCACGAAUUGAAAGUAAUGAAAAUAUGAUUGAUAACCAUUUCACAGAGAAAAAUACUAGAAACGAAAAAAUAUCCAAAAAGGAAAAUAAAAUUGAAGCCGCUCCACCACUCCCCUUGUCUUCUGCUCCUGUCGACACAAGCCUUUCAAAAAUUAAGGAGGUGCUCAAAUUAGCCAACAAGAAGAAUGUCAAUGAAUUGAAUAAAUAUCCUUGGGUUCAGCGCGAAUCCGAACUGAACAAACUUGAAGAAAACGAUUCAGUUUGUGAAGCUAGUAAGAAAACAGAUGAAAUAUCGUCCGUAGAAAAGAUUGAAGGGAUUAAAUCAAAAAUCACAAAGGAAAAAAUCGUUUACGAAAACGAUAAACCUAAAACGAAUAGUGAAAUGGAAAGUAUUAAGAACUCAAUAUCAGAAAUUGGCGAUUAUUACCUCGAAAACUUAUUUUCCGGUAGGAUUUCUACUGGAGAAAAAUUAGACAAUCAUCAGAAACAAAAAAUUAAGGAUAAUCUACACGGACCCUUCGAUACUCCAAGUGGAAAAGAUAGAACAGAUUGUUAUGAUAUUGCUAACAUUGAUGAAGAAAACGAUUUGGAAGAUCAAGUAUCUUUUUCGUUAUCUCCUUCGAAGAAACAAAAGAAACCAACAAAAAAUCGUCAACUUCAUGUUGAUGAAAUCAAGGAAAAUCAUCUGAAGAUAUCUGAAGACACACCAAUUACUAAGAAUAGGGGUGAUAAAGUGUUGGAACAUAUCCAUAAUAUUUCUCAAAUAACUGACGUCAAUACAACUGAUCUAAUUGAUUCAUUGGAUGUAACUUUAAAGACAACUGUUGAUGAAAUUAGCUCUAUCUUAAUGGAGAAGAGGGAUGAACCAGAUAUCACGAACUAUUCAAAAGAGAAUAAUUUUGGAGAAACUAAAAGACUACAGACGAAUAAAUCAAACGAAUCCAGAAAGCAUCGUAAUGGUAAAAAACCCAGUAAUGAUGAACAGAAAUCGUCCCAAAUAUUCGAUGAAAAGUCAGACAAAGCCUGCAAAAAGAAGAGGAAUAGAGAUAGCAGUUUCGAGGAAUCCACAAUUGGAAAAGAAAAAGUUCAGAACCUCGAAAUGAGAACAUCACUUGAAAUGGAGAGCAAGAGACGAAGUAAAAGAGCUUGCAAAGUGAAUACCUAUAAUGAAAAUGAACUAGCCGAGGCUAUUUUUGAGCAAGCAGCUUCUGAAAAAGAAAAAGCGAAAAAAAAGAGAGCAGAUGAAGUCAUUAACGAUUCUUCUAGCUCCGCAAGUGCCAAGAAGAUCACUGCUUCUGAUGUAUCUACAGAGAAAAAAUUGAAUACUGAUGAAUUAUUCGAUUUGCUUAAAGCUACUGCACCAGACAAUUUGAUUGCCUUGAAACCAGUUGAAGAGAGUCCUUCUAAUACUCCCAUAACAGAUGAUACUUUUGAUGAUGAGUUUGAUGACAUCCUGAGAAAAUCACAGGCUCUAUUCGGGGAGAAACCUUACAAAAAACUUGAUGACAUCUGUAGGUCUGAUGACUCAUCCAAUACCUCCAAAUUAACAGACUUCGAAAGAUCAGAGGAUAAUACCGAAUCGAAUGAUCUGUUGAAAAAAUCUACACAUAAUUACAUCGAUGAUACUUUUAAUAAUUCCGUAUCUUCCAUCAGCAAAAGCCAAACUGAUAAGUCUGAGGAAAUUUCAACUUCUCAAUCAGAUGAUUUGUACUGUGAUAUUUGCAAAAAAUCGUUCAAACGAAUUGAUAAUUUGAUUAAACACAGAACGACUCUCACUCAUAUUGCGAAGUUAUCUGAAAUAGAAGCCAAAGAAGCCCAAAAUAAAUUGAGAGUUGAAGUACAGAUCAACGACGAUUCAUCAUAUUCAAAUGUAGACAUUGAUUGUCAGAAGCAGACCAGCUCUAGAGGUUAUUCAUAUCCCAGCAAUACUGGAAAUGACGCCUUAAAAAUUGCUGAAAUCAUUACAGAGGCACUCGAAAAGCCCGCUCCACAUGCAGACCGAGGUUUUUCUGAGAUAAUAAAUCCGUUGCCAGAAUACAGACGGUACAAAAGCUUAGGGGAAAGGAAAAGUUUUGAAUAUGAUCAAGACAGCCCUAAUUUAUCCGAAAAUAUCGAUGCCAAUCAUUACGAACCAAAAAUCUCCAAAAACACAGGAGUAAUUCUAGAGAAGCAGAUCACUCUGUUACAAAAUAUUGUCGGCUUGGAUUAUGCAAAUGAUGCAUCUACGUCUUCAUUCCGUUCCUUAGGGAAUAGUGUAGCCAGUCCUAUCAGCGAGGUCAGCACCAAGUUGGAAGAUUCCACUAACCAUGUGUUUCCUAUCGACUUGGAACGUGAAACUGUCAGAACGCGUAAAAUUGAAGGCUUUCUCAAACCUCCCCAAAUCGAAGACAUUUCUGAAGACAGUGUCAAUCCAAGGAAUUCGGAAGAUAUCAAAUCUAGGAAAGUUUUGAAUCGCGACGAAGAAUUAUUCCUUGAAUGCUGCAGCCUACUCAAAAGUGGAUCAGAAGUAUCGAAUUUUUCCAAAAAAUCAAACAGAAAUUCGUUUUUGAAUAAUAUUCCCAUCAGGAUGUCGGAGGAACCAGAUGUGUUAGAAACGAAGAACGUGGUUUAUAAAAUAACAGAAAAUAGCUCGGAUUAUUCCAGGAGGGCGACCCCUUUGGGAGAUAGUUUUGGCGAUACUUCAAACUCGAACACAAUUUCAUCUAGCUGGGAAAUGAAUAAGAAUGAUCAGUUGCGUAAAAAUCAAGAAAAUUUCUUCAAUUUUGGUGAAACUGAAAAAAAGGCUGAGAAUGAUCAGAGCUGUUUCGACACUUUAAUGACCAAAAGUCCUUCACCAACUGAUACUUCAACAAAACCUUCCAAAACUAAGCACAGAAAAUCAAACUUGGCCGUCAAACUUUCUAAGAAGAGAAGUAGUAAUUUCAAUAAGUCAUCUUCUAAAAUGCCUACCAAAGGUGCUAUGAAAAAUUUCGAAGGUUUGAAAGUAUCUAUUCAAGCCAGUGAAAUGAAAUUGGAUAGUCUUAAAAAGAACAUGUCUCUUAAGAAACAAGAAAACAAUGGUUCUGAGAAAACGCAGUCCGAAAAUAAAUUCGUAUCUCCUAAAAGUCCUCGAAGAAAAUCGAAACCUGUUAAAAAUAAACCACAGAUUGACGAUAGGUUCAUUUUCAAGGUCAAUAAGAAAACUUCGUUGAAAGAUGCAGAGGAGACGAUAUCAAAAUCAUCUAAGGAAACUAUAACUGAUAAAGUGUCUGAUGUUUACGAUUUUGAGGAAACCCAGGACAAUACAGAUGUUUUCGCCAAACCGGAUUUCAAAUCUUUCAGAACAAAGGGAACAGAUGCUAUGAAGGAAGAAAAUACACUUGAAAAUAACUAUGAAGCUCAAACUAUGUCUAGUUCUUCGUCCUCUAAUCUUUCCUGUAAAAAAGCUAAAUCGAAUGAAUGCAUCACGAAGAAAAAACAUAUGAUCAUGGGUCGUAUUUUCAAAAACGCUGUUAAACCCAAAUUAGAUGAAGAGAUUAGGGAUAUACCCGCUAUUGAUCAUAAUGAAUUAGUUGAGAACUAUGUCAUGAAUUGUACACCCAAGCACGAAGAAGAAGAAUUCAAAAAACCUAAAAUGACUGAAGAAGAAAUGAAUGAUCUCUUUGACAAACUUCUGGAUAAACCAGCAGAAUCGCCUAAAAAAUCAUGUAAUACAAAUAAAACAGAUAAAAAUAAUGGAACUAAAAAAAAACUGAAAACAAAAUGUAAAAAGAGACACCGAUCGAAUUCUGAUUCAACAGAUGAUGAGUUUGGAUUGAAUAGAAUUGUCAAAAAGAGACCUAGUAGAAAGAACGCAAAAGAAGAAGAUAAUAGCAUCAAUUUAGAACAAGAACUGAAAGAAUGCAUUGGUGUUGCAAGCAGAAAGAGUCAGAGGAAAUGUACUAGUGGUAAACAGAAUGUUUUGGUUGAAUAUUGGAGCUCUGAUGAAUCUGCUUUUGAAACUUUUCUGGAAAAUCAUCUACAGGAACUUUCUGAAAAAUCUGAUUUACCCACAUCCAAAGAUGCCAAAGAAAAACAGGAAGAAGGCUCUAAAAUUCCUUCUAUUCCUACUCCAAAAGAAAAUCCUUCUAAAAGUUCUGGUGAAAAGAGUAAAAAAUCUAAAAGUAAAGUACUUCCCAAAAAGAAAGAAAUCAAGGAAUCUACAGCAUCAAAUGAGGUAUCGGAAACUUUAGGUCAGCCUAAUCGCAGAAAAAGAACAGCAGCCCAUCCUCUCUAUCAUUGGUCCAGUUCCAGUGAGGACGAACUACAUGAUAUGAUUGAAGUUAAGUCAAUACGAGAUGAUCCUGAAGAUGAAUAUGAUGAAGAGAGGCCUGUGCAACAUGGAUGGAUAGUAGGUGAUUCCCCAAAGAAGUUGGUAACUAUGCUUGCACAAGCUAAAGGAAAAAAGACAGAGCCGGAGUCAUUGGUGAAAGAGCAAGGAAAAAAAAAGAAUUCCAAUAGUUGACAUUGAGAAUUCUUGGAUUAAAUAAAGGUCUUGUAUUAUUCCAAAGGACUAGAGAUAUGCAUUUAAAGAAAAGGAUAGUGAGUGUAUGUAUAGAAUUAAUGUGAAAAAAUUAGGACACUAUAUUCUUGGUGAAUUAUUUAAAACUUUAGAGAUGCUGAAAAUCUGUUAUCUGUUCGAAGCUAUUAUAUAGAAAUUGUAUAUUAUGAAACCUGAAUAAAAUGAUAUAAGAAUGCAAAGCCAUAUCGCAUUAAUAUUUGUGAAAUUUGAAUGGCAGCUUUACAAAGGUAUAGCAAGCAUUAAUGAAGACAUUUCUUUAUUUGCAAAGUUAAUGGUUUGGUCCACUUGGAAUUUCAUAUUGCAUAUGUUCAAUUUAAUCAAUGUAUAUUACCACCUACCUUAAAAAAAUUAUUUGGGAUGCAGACUUUUUCCUGAUUAUGUCUUCCAAUGUGAAUAAUUUAAUGCAGAUCACUUUUAGGCGGAUUCGAAAUUUUUAAAUAUAUUUAUUUUUCAAAGCAAUAAUCAUUCUGGCAUAUCCAAAUCAGGACACCUUUGCCAUAUUAUAAUUUUUAGAUCUCAAUAAUUUUUGGAAUCCUAUAAUUACGACUGAAUUCUUUUGUUGCGACUGUUUAUUUUAUGAAAGCUUAGCAAAAUAUUGGUGGGCUUUUAUACAGCAAUUUUGAUUGGUCUAGUCUCCUCGAAAUAUGUAUGUAUAUAGAAAGUAUAACAAAUGAAUAUUAUUUUUUUUUCUACAAAAAUGUUUAAGUUUUUGAAUGUGAAAUAUUGUUGUUUUAUUAGAUUUUUUAGCCCAUGCAAUGCUAUGUUUAAUAUUCAAACCCUUAUUGAUUGGGCUAUUUUUCUUUGUUUUAUUUGGCGGGACUGCAAAACUUAUGAAAUUAAAAAAAUAUGUUUUCUGUUUCACUUUCAGAAAUAGAAUUUUUGCUUAAUAUCUUUGUUUUAACAUUGAGCUUAUUUUGUUCAUGUUGCUUGCUGUUUCCACUGCCAAUUUGUGCCUUUGGCCAUUGUACAUUUGGGUCGUGAUAAUCUUUUUGUGUAAAUAUGCAUACAUAAAUUUAAAAUGUUGAGAAGAAGCAUAGUAUGUGUAAUUAUUAGUCAUGUAUUGGGAACAAACUGGAUUGGUGAAAUAUCUGUUUGUCAACAUUCAAUAUGUAUUGGUAAAAUUGAAAAAAAUUUUAAUAAAAAAUUCCCCAUGAAA